AUGAAUAAUUUAUUAUUAUUUUUUUCAAAAAAAAAAUGUAAACUCAAAAGAAAUGGUAAAAAACUAAUAACAAAACUCUUUACAGACAUGGUCGGGGUUCCGAACUCGACUACCGACCCUAAAUUGGUCGAAAUCACGAAACCGGAAGACGAUGGACAAAUGAAAAAAAUUGAACACGUUGUCAACGAAAUCGACAACGUGUCUCCAUUGAAAAAUACAAUAAUAAUACCGCGAAUAAUAAUGUCAUCUGAGAAAGAUGGUGGCGAUGGUUUUGUACUAGCUUUCAGCGAUAACGAUAACGAUGGACAGAAGAAAUUAGAACGCCCGGUGGAUCGAAUCAAGCCGGUACACGAUUUGAUCGAGAAGUUACCAGGCGACGAAUCUCUGUCCAGUGGUAGUUCAAUAGUAACUAUCUCAUCAGCAGAUAAUUCAGAUCCUGAUCCUGAGGCCCCCAAUGACGACGACCCAAAGAGAAAACCACGUGAUAUUUUAAAUGAAAGGUGGCAGCAUACGGCAUUGCAAGUGUCAGUGCCAUUCUUCAUCGCUGGAAUCGGAACUAUCGGCGCGGGUUUAGUUCUCGAUAAAGUUCAAACAUGGGACGUAUUCAAACAAAUAACCCAAUUGCUUAUCUUAGUGCCUUCAUUAUUGGGAUUAAAAGGCAACUUAGAUAUGUGCUUGGCUUCGCGAUUGUGUACACAAGCGAAUCUAGGUAAUAUGCACGAUUGCCGUGAGAUCGCUAAAAUGAUAAUAGGUAAUCUGGCGUUGGUACAAAUUCAAUCUAUCGUCGCUUCAAUAAUAGUUGCGAUAUUCGCAACUUCGGCCCACGCUGUUAUGACCGGCGGUGAAUUUUCAUGGGACCAUGCGUUACUGGUAACAGCGUCGAGUGUCUGCACAGCAACCAGCUCAUGUUUCCUUCUCGAUCUUGUGAUGAUCAUCGUCAUCAUGACAACUCAUCGAUGGAGAAUGAAUCCCGACAACCUGGCAACACCCCUGGCAGCUUCAUUCGGCGAUGUUGUGUCAAUUACAGUUUUAUCACAUAUUGCAUCCAGUUUGUUCGAACGACUGGAAACUCAAAUUUGGGUAUUAUAUCUCAUAAUUGCUGGGUAUUUGCUCAUACUUCCCGUUUGGAUUUGGAUAGUGUUAAAAAAUAAAUACACUAAAAAAGUUUUGACGUCUGGAUGGACACCUGUUUUGUCUGCUCUUUUCAUCAGUGGAUUGGGUGGAUUAGUUCUUAGCAAAGCUGCUGACAUACCAGGAUUUUCAGUAUUUCAACCAAUUAUUAAUGGCAUCGGUGGUAACCUGGUAUCAGUACAAGCUUCAAGAAUAUCUUCGACGCUUCAUCAAACAUCACUUAUGGGGAUUAUUCCUUCAUUUACUAAAAUUUGCGUUUCACCAUGGAAAGCUCUUAUAAAAGGAGUUCCAUUUGCAAAAACCGCAAGACUUUUAAUAACAAUGGGCAUUGCCGGUGAAUUGGUAUUUAUAUAUGCGGCUGAUUAUAUAAAACAGGGUGAAUCUACUCUACAUUCCUACUUUGUAUUUUCAUACAUUGUAGUAGCAUUAGUUCAAAUCAUGUUACUGCUUUAUGUUGCGCAUAUCAUAAUUCACGCAAUGUGGAGGUUCAAAAUAGACCCGGAUAAUUCGGCAAUUCCGUAUCUAACAGCUUUAGGUGAUUUAAGUGGGACGAUAUUCUUAGAGGGAGCAUUCUGGCUUCUCCAAAAAAUUGGACAUCCUUACAAUGACCUCAGUGAAAUGAGUCCUUGA